AUCUAAUUAACGCAUAGCACCGCUGAGAACCAUAAAAAAAAGGACCUACCAACGUAAAAAUGGACCUUGGAGCGUCUCACCUAAAAUCGAAGCGUGACCGCCAGUGAUCGCUCUCAGAUUCCUCUCUGUCUGAACACACCCUUGAAUUUGCUGGCUCUCUGGCUGGCCCUGGGGGAAUGGGGGAUACCCUUUGCUCCGGAUACACGUUGUAUCAGUUGUAUGUUGUAUACGCAUUGUAUCAACAACAGGCUUCUCGCGUACUGAUGCGGCGAUGCUCGCGUAAUCGGCGUAAUCGAUGAUCACGUUGAAACUGCAGCCUUCCAAUAUGUCACGCACGAGGACGGAGAGAAACGGGAAUGGGGCCAAGUGCGAGGUUAGCGUAUGGACACGUGCGAUCACUGCAAACUCCGAAUGGCCGGAUAAGGAAGAAUUUCUUGACGUGAUAUACUGGGCAAGACAGGCAAUCGGUAUUAUUGUCGGCAUAGGAUGGGGCCUUAUACCAUUGAAAGGUUUUAUAGCUCUAUUAUUAUUCGUAGUAGUCAAUGCGGGAAUUACAUAUUUAUACUUUAGCAGUUUCCAACAAAUUGACGAGGAAGAAUAUGGUGGUAUGUGGGAAUUGACGAAAGAGGGAUUUAUGACCUCUUUUGCUGGUUUUUUGGUGACUUGGAUUAUUAUAUACUCGGGAUUGCAUUUCGACUGAUUUAUAUGACAGAUAUGAUAAAAACAUGAUAAAGAGCAAUAGCUUUUUCAUACGAAUCAUUGUCGCUGCCAAAUUCAUUAACGUAUGCAAUAGUCAUUCCUUCGCAAUAGAUAUCGUAUACUAACUUCUCAUAUACUGUUAUAUAUUGUUACAUAUAAAUAUGAUUUAUCUGUAUAAAGAAUAUCUUUUUACUUUCUUAAA